AUGGAAUUAUUAGUAGUUAUCGCCCAUAUUAGUGUCGUUGAAGUUGUUCUUUGUAACACGAAUAAUGUACUAUCAUUGCAAAAUAACAAUCUCGGUCAGAAUAAAAACAACAAUACACACACAUUCAAUUUGUUAUCUCCCAUUAAACAACAUCACUUCACUGCCAGCGAUGGUCAACAAUUUGUUGAGGGUGUGACUUACCUAGGUGAUAAAUACCACCAAAUCGCAAAAAAACUAAUAGGCAUCGAGAAACUAGGGGAGGAAAUCGCUCAAUCUGACUAUCUACCUGAAGAAUUUGCUAAUAUCAAGCCCCCAAAUCCAAGUGAUGAAGAGAAAAAAAAUAUGUCUGAUUUUGAUAGUACAAUCAAAGAUACAGGUGAAAGACUCGCAUCAAUCAAUCAGUCUGAAUUGGAAUCAAGUGAUAGUGAAAUCAAUGAAAGGGAUGAAUUAGUGGAUUCCAUAGCACAGAAAUUUGAACACGAUGGUUCGCCAAUCAAAAUAGAACAAUCUCAGUUACCUACUGUGGAGAAUGAACUUGAAAUCAUUGAGAAUGAGAAAAGUAAACAGAACUAUAAGUGUCUACCAGAUUAUUCCUUGCCUUGUCCAAAAGACUAUGUAUUAUACGGCAACUAUUGCAUAGCAACCAAAUCAUAUCGGGGAAGUUGUGAUCAUAAAAUAAAGGCGAUGAGGCAAGAAGAUGAUGAGUUUAAGGGGGCCUGGUCAAAGGAAUGUAAUAGUGACUGGCCUUGUAUGCCAGCAAAGUGUCCAAAUGGCACAGAUUAUUCAAAAAAAUGCCCAGUGACAUUCAGUAUCGAUGGAAAAUACUGUAGAUCACCAAUACAAAGUGAUAUUAAAUAUGUUUCAUUUGACAACGUCAGACAAAAGGUCGAAUUCGAGCGAAUUAAUGGUGUGAGAUGGCCAUGUAAAACUGGAUAUAUUAGUGAUUAUGCCAAGGAAUGUCCAAAAGGCUAUGUAAAAGUAUAUAAUAAAUGUAAAAGUGUAGUAGAAGUGUUUUUGAAUGGCUGUGAUACAUUUAAAAUGCCAGAGACUGUUGAUUUGAAAUUGGAAAUACAAAAUAAGUGUAAAUUAGAUGGGUGGUGA